GAAAAAUGUUUCUUAAACUAAUAAUUAGUGUCGCCAUUUUGCAUCCGAUCAUCUGUGUGGCAAAUGUGGCGCCAAAAAAUUACGAAAUAUCGUUUGAUCUCACAGAAGCUGCUGAAACUCGUCAAUUUUCGGGUGUUGUAAAAAUCGAUUUCGAGUGUUUGGAGCAAAGUUCAAAGUUUUUGCUGGAUUGCAAGGAAUUGGAAAUUAACUCUUACGAAAUAUCGGGAGGAUUAAAGGUAGCAAAUGUUACGAUUGGGGAUGAUGACAAAUGUGAAAUAUUGCUAGAAGAGGAUUUAGUAAAAGGGGACUCGUAUUUAUUGACUUUGGCAUUUACAGGAAGAAUUAAUAGUGAGCCAAUUGGAAUUUUUGAAGAUUAUUAUAAGGAUAAUGGGACUACAAGUCAUUUUAUCUCCACAAACUUCGAAUUUGGCAACGCAAAACGAGCUUUUCCAUGUUUUGAUGAUCCGCAAUACAAAAAUACCUUCCAAAUCAAGCUCAAACAUACAAGAGAUUACUCAGUUGUUGGAAAUACGUUACAAAAUUCCAUUACUGAAGGCGGUUACAUCCUCACAACGUUCGAACAGAUACCAAUUUCAGUCAAUAUCGACAUUGCCAGCUUCAGUUUGUACCAAAAUCUGAAGAAAACUUCUUUUCCUCUUGCUUCUGUCUCGGUUUAUCACUCGCCGGAACGUGAAGUGAGCACAUUUUUCGCAUAUUUGGUCGCAAUGAGGAGAACUUAUACGCAGCUCUUGGGAGACAUUUCCAUUAAAGAUCGCAAUUACCUCGCAGUACCUUUAACGUUCGAGGGACGCUUCGACAACUGGGGAUCGCAUGUCGUGGAUGAAACAAAUUUCCUGCGAUCUCUAUUGACAUCGACUCCGAUGAAUUAUCAGCAAAUGUUGCAAAUUUAUUCGCAUCAGUUGGCACUUAAUUGGGUAGAAUUUGAAGUAACGCCCCGUACUUUUGACGAAUGGUGGAUUUCGAGAGGAUUAGCGAAAUUUUACGAGUAUUAUGUGCCUUCAAAUACGCAACUUGUGAAUCAAUUUCUCUCGUGGAAGCAAUUUACGACGGAAAUCACACAAAAAGCGUUCGAAAAUGAGGUGAAUGGCGAUCCGGUCCAUGGAGUGAAGUUUAAUGAACGAGCAGCAGCCAUUUUUAAUAUGAUCCAAGGCGUUAUGGGACUCGAAAAUUUUCAUCAAGGCAUUCAGUCGCUCGUCAAAGAGUUUUCUGGCAAGACAAUUACCUCUGAGGAUCUCUUCAAUGCAUUAACGAAGCACGUAAAUGACCCUCUUCCUGCUGAUUUGAGCGAAAUUUUCAUGGAUUGGUUCAAAAUCGACGGAUAUCCCAUACUAAAAGUCACGAAAAAGGAAAAUUCUGUCAUUUUAACUCAACUUUUGUUCACAAAUACCGAAGAUGAUCGUUCCUUGUACAUUCCCAUCAACUACAUCGUUGGCACAGCAGAUCAAGAACUCGAUUUCGAAGACACUGCGAUCGUAGAUUGGCUUCUUCCCGACUCAGAAUUAACUCUCGAAGACAUUCCCGCGGAUAAUUUUGUGAUUUUCAAUAAGAAACAGGCCAGUUUUUAUCGUGUCUUGUACGAUGAACCAAGUUUUGAGCUGAUUCUCGAUCUUCUCUUGACAAAUAGCUCAAAUGUUGAUCCCGUGACGUGCGCCCAGCUCAUUGACGAUUAUGGAAGUUUGGCACGAAAUGGUUACGUUGAGUACGGCGAUUUUUUCCGUCUUUUGGAAUAUUUGAAGGAAAGUGACGGAAGUUAUUACACGGAAUGGAGUGUCGCUCACAAACAGCUCAAAUUUUUGUGGCAUCGAUUAAGAGGCAGUCCAGCUUUCGAUCGAUUUGAGACUUUUGUGCGACAAGUGACGGAAAAGAGAUUCAGCGAUAUCGGAUUGGGGACCGAUUUGGAUUGGAGUGGCACGGAAAUUCUCGAAUUGACGCAUCAUCAACGCUUGAACAGGCAAUUUAUCGGGGAUUUGGCGUGCUCGGCAGGUGUGGAGGCGUGUGUGAAUGAGACGAUGCAGUUUAUGGCCAAACUUGUAAGUGUAUUUUUUUAA